GGCUUAGUGCUAUAAAACUCGUGUUCUUAAUCUUCCCGUCUCCACUUCUCCAUUGAAAUGCGUGCUCUGAUAUUACUGACGGUCACCUUCGGUAUCAGCUUCGCUGCUACUGGAUUCGAUGCAAGCGCAUCACUCACCACGGAACAAUUCAAAUGCAUGAAAUCACAUGGAUAUUCUUUCUUCAUCGGUCGAGUCCACCAGUCAACCGGUGCAGUUGACAGUCACGGAAUACAGAAUCUCAAAAAUGCCAAGGCUGCUGGUAUCACCAACGUUGACGGAUAUAUCUUCCCGUGUACAACCUCCUCUUGUGCAUCACCGGCUUCACAGGUACAAAGUACCGUCAAUGCGCUGAAAAGUGCUGGAGCUAGUGUUGGUAUGUUGUGGCUCGACAUCGAGAUUUAUCACUGGCCAGCCGAUCACACCAAGAACCGUGAAUUUAUUGAAGCCAUGGGUAAAGAAUUAACGGCCUCUGGACACAACUGGGGUGUGUACAGUAGCUAUAAUAACUGGCAAUCUAUUGUUGGCCUGGACUAUACUGGAUUGUCCCAUAAGCAACUCUGGUGGGCUACUUACAACAAUGAAGCGAACUUCAACAACUUCAAAGCAUUCGGAGGAUGGACAAAACCAAACAUUCAUCAAUAUCAGGGUGAUGCCAAAGGACCAUGUGGAUUCUCCAUCGACAAUAAUUACUACCCCUGAAAGUGCGAUAGACGAUGGAAAUAGUCUGUGAAUAAAUAGUUGUCAUCAAA